AUGCAACGGGAGGGUGCUAGCAUGCGAGAAGGUGGCGAGAGAAUCACGAGAAGAUUGCGAGAUGAUUGCGGGCAGUUUGCCGGCGGGAGGAAUGGGGAGAUUAGGAUGUCUGAGAGAAAUGCAACAUCGGCAUUGCAGGAGGAGAAUGUCCUUAAGAGAAAGUCAGAUGAUGUGGGAUGGGACUAUGGGAGUCUAGCUGAUGCUUCCAACAAGGAUAAAGUGAAGUGUAUUUUCUGUAACCAUGUGAGCACUGGAGGUGUUUAUCGUCACAAGCAGCAUGUGGCUCAUGUUGGUAAUGCUGUGGUCAAAUGCAAAAAAAGCUCGCAGGAAGCUAAAGACAGGUGCAAGAAAUCUCUUGAAGAGGCAUCUAAUAAGAGGCGGGAAAAGACUGCCCGUGAGAAAGAGCUCAGACAAACUGUGAACAUUUCUUGCGUUGGAGAUGAUGAAGCCGCUUGUAUCGGAAGUGCGGAGCCCCACAAGUUAGGUCCCAUUGACAAGUGGACACGGCCUAUUGAUCCUAAACUGACUCAAGCUGAAGCCUUGCAUCAACAGAAGAUAAACAAGGAACUUUGGAAAAAGAGAACACAUGAAGUGCAGCAGUAUGUGGCUAGAUGGGUGUACAAUCAUGCUAUACCAUUCAAUGCUUGUGACAAUGAUGAUUUCAAGUUAAUGUGUGAAGCCAUUGGGAGCUUUGGCCCUGGAUUUGUGCCUCCGUCUAAACAUGAUCUUCGAGAGACUUUGUUGAGUGAGGAACAUGCAAGAGUGAAGAGUUUGCUGCAAGAACGUGAUGCUGAAAAGAUGAAGAAUGGCUGCUCCAUUAUGACUGAUGCUUGGUCAGAUAGGAAGAGGAGAAGCAUAAUGAACUUGUGCACAAAUAGUGCUGAUGGUUCUAAUUUCAUAAGGUCGAGUGAGAUGUCGGCUGUAUCACACACAAGUGAAGUCAUCUUCCAAUUAGUGGAUGAAGCAAUUGAGGAAGUAGGUCCUGAACAUGUGGUGCAAGUAGUGUCUGAUAAUGCUUCUAAUAACAUGGGAGCAAAGAAGAUGUUGUUGGAGAAGAGGCCAAACAUGUUUUGGAGCUCUUGUGCGACGCACACCAUUAACCUGAUGUUGCAAGGAAUUGGCGAGCUACCAAGGUUUAGUAAGGUACUUGAAAAAGCAAAAGCAUACACUGUUGGAAAUAUGCCCUAG